UACUCUGAUCAACAAACACUAUAUCACUUUAUCAACCACCUCCAACCGUCAAGAUGGACACCGCACAGUGGGUCUCGAUUCAUAUUCGAGACCGUCUGGAGAAGGGUGAGAUCAGCAUCAAGGAUGCCUUUCUCUACGAGGGCGCCUUCCACACUCCCGACGACAAGAGCAAGGCCCUCACCGAGGACGACAUCGACAAGCUCAUCAUUCCUUCUGAGGGCGUCGGCGAGGUCUGCGCUCGUGGUCGCCGAGGCAGCGAGGGAUGGCUGGACUUGUAUGACGGCGAGUCCAAGAUCUGCGAGCUGCACUGGGACAAUCGUGAGAAGAUGCUGAACAAUCAGUUCGAGAUCUCGGAGAGCGAUAAGAAAUACAAGAUAGAAUACAGCGGAUGGAGCCCGCAGGCGGGUCCCCUUGGCCAUGUCUUCAUUGACAUUUCCGCGGCCAACAACAAAUAAUCAUGUAAAUAGCUUGCAUACUUGCAUAAUGAGGUCGGACGAACCUAGGUCAGGAGUAUUGAAUG